AUGCUCUCCGCCGGCACCUCCCAAAAUGCAGCCGUAGACUCGUCUCGCAGCAAAGCCUCCCGCAACCACACCGCACCCUCAGCAUCAGCGCCAACAAUGCGCCCCGAACAAGCCUCAGUCGCCCCCGAAUUCCUCCAACACAUCUGGGUUGUCACCGGUCCAGCCGGCAGCGGCAAAAGUACCGUCGGGCGUUAUCUCCAGCAGGAAUUGGGCGUGCCGUUUAUUGAGGGUGAUGAUUACCACCCGAUAUCCAACAAAGAAAAAAUGUCCGCCGGCAUCCCCCUCACAGACGCAGACCGCUGGGAUUGGCUCAUCGCCCUACGCUCCGCAGCAACAACGCUCCUAUCAACAGCCAGCGCCGGAAACGCCUCACCCCCCGCCGGCGUCGUCGUCGCCUGCAGCGCGCUCAAGAAGAAAUACCGGGAUGUAAUGCGCGUUGCCGCGUACGGGUCACCGAACGUGCGCAUUCAUUUCGUGUACCUGAAACUCGAUCCCGCCGUCCUAUACCAGCGGGUCUCGGCCAGGCAGGCGCAUUAUAUGAAGCCUGGUAUGGUGGAGAGUCAGUUGAGGGACUUGGAGGAGCCUGGGGUGGGCGAGUGGGAUGCGCUUACUGUUGACGUUAGGGGGACGAUGGGGGAUGUGCAGAGGGAGGUCAUGAGUGUUGUUGGCGGGGAGUUGGCGGGGUUCAGGCCUUAG